GCACAGCCAGGCUCUGCUCCUCUCUGAAGACUACUACGCAGCUGGCCCAGCCUCGUCCUGAAAACUAGCCCAUUUCAAGGAAUAGAAACCGAAACCGACUCUCAAUUAGAGUCCCCUCCCCUCUGGGCUCGGGCAAAUAGAUCUCAGAUCUAGAAACCGAAGGGCAAAAAGUAAGAUCUGCUUAAAGACCUGAGCCAGAAAGGACAUCCACGCGAUCAGACCUCGCCUUGGUCGGCUCCUCUCAGGACUCCAGACCUCUGCAUCUCAUCUCUAAACAUCCAGGUCUGGAUUCCAGUUAUCUGAAUCUCUACAUAACUUCUGCCAGAGGACAGCAACAUUUUUUUUUUCUAGGAAGGAAGGAGUGACGUUCCAGGAAGGCCACUAACAUCAAAUCACACAUAAUAACUCCUCUGGAUCAGAUCGACAGCCACAAGGAUCUAUAUUCUUCUAUGGGGAUCUUCAACCCUGUGCAGAGAAGUGAAAUAAGAGUAUAAUCCGGCUAUGAUCCUCAAAAGCAGGAAGUCACUUGAGUCCCAGAAUGAAUUCUAGGGGCUCUUCGUAAAUACUGGGUUGGUGUUCUGAGCCACAGUAUCCCAAGGCUGUCUGCACCUACAUUCCCGUUUGACGCCUGGAGGAUCCUGAAGUUUUGCACAGUUAUCCACGCCCUUUCCCAGUCUGCUUGUAAUAUAUGGACUUCAGCAACCCUCCUGAGAGUUACGGGCUCCUGUGUGCAGCUGUGACCUGCACCAUCCCCAACAGGGUCCAGUACCGGGGGCUCGGGUGUACAGGCGGAUGGGAAGUCUCCAUCUCCAGUCACGCUUGCAUAAAUAGUUCUGAGAAAAGCAUGGUUUGCUCUCAUCUUCUACUCUGGGUUUGAGAAGUACUAAGAGAGAUAAGGCAUUCGAAGGAACCAACUCAGAUUCACAGACACAGGACCUUCUCGCUGUGUGCUUAAAGUCUAAGAGUGGAGGAAGAACCCGAGGAACGGUUUCCUCAGAGACCCUAAUAAAACCAGAGAGCCUCACCAGGGAGCCAAAAGGUCCACAGACAGCGUCACACGGAUCUUGUCAUGAAGCCAUCACACAAGUCCUGCGAGGCUGCUCCGCUGCUCCCCAACAUGGCAGAGACCCACUAUGCUCCUCUGAACUCGGCCUUCCCCUUUGUCACGUCAUACAAAACAGGCUGCAGCAGUUUACCUGAGAUCAGCAGGAGCACUGAAAGAGCUUUAAAAGAAGGAAAACUACUGGAACUGGUCUUUGGAGUCAAGGAGACUGUGGCAACACUGUCCCAAAUUCCAGUGACCAUCUUUGUGACUGGGGACUCGGGCAAUGGUAUGUCAUCUUUCAUCAAUGCGCUUCGAAUCAUUGGUCAUGAGGAAGAUGCCUCGGCUCCCACUGGGGUGGUGAGGACCACGCAGGUGCGGGCUGAGUACUCUUCACCCCAGUUUCCCAAUGUAGUACUGUGGGACCUACCUGGAUUGGGGGCCACAGCCCAAACCGUAGAGAGCUAUAUGGAAGAGAUGAAAUUCAGCACUUGUGACUUGGUCAUCAUCAUCACCUCAGAGCAGUUCAGUUCGAAUCAUAUGAAGCUGUCCAAAAUCAUCCAGAGCAUGGGGAAGAGGUUCUAUAUUGUCUGGACCAAGCUGGACAGGGACCUCAGCAGGAGUGCCCUAUCAGAGAUCCGGCUCCUACAGGAUAUCCAGGAGAAUAUCAGGGAGAAUCUCCAGAAGGAGCGGGUGAAGGAGCCCCCCAUCUUCCUGGUAUCCAAUCUAGACCCUUUACUGCAUGACUUCCCAAAGCUUAGGGACACACUUCACAAGGACCUCUCCAACAUCAGGUGCUGUGAACCCUUAAAGACCCUUGAUGGCAUUUACGCGAAGAUCCUUGGUGAUAAAGUAGCUGUCUGGAAUCAGAGGAUAGCCAACGAGUGCCUGAGGAAUUCUCUCGGUGUCAGCGAUGACAACGACAUGGGGGAGUGUCUGAAAAUGUACCGACUGAUAUUUGGUGUAGAUGACGAAUCGCUUCAGCAGGUAGCCCAGAGUAUGGGGACGGUCCUCAUGGAGUACAAGGCCAACAUGAAGUCCCAAAACUUUGACACUCUCCGCAGAGAGGACUGGAAACUGAAGCUGAUGACCUGUGUUGUUGUGAAGGCAUUCUUCUGUUUGUUUGGAUUUCUUCCAGGCUUAUCCUGCUGCCUCAGACGCAUGAAACACAAACGCAUGCUUCUCUUAGUUGCCCAGGACACCAAGAACAUCCUGGAGAGAAUCCUGAGGGACUGUGUCUUCCCUCCGCAAAUCUAGUGGGCGGGUGGCCCUUCUUCUCACACGGAAGCCCGAUUACCUGAGGGUCCUCUUCCCUAGAUCCCUUAUUUUGCAACUAGAAAUCAAGAGAGAUAACGCUUCCUGUAAGGGUCUUAGAUUCUUUGAGAGGAGUUAAAAUCACUCAUUUCCCCUGCCUUGAUUCUAAUGCCUUGUUCAACUGAGGGACAGGGACAAGUAGUGAUUAAAAAUCAUUGACCAUGAUUCUUAGAUUUGGAAUACAGAAAUCUCGUUUUCGGGUAUUAAGUGUGAUAUAUGUUUAAAUCAAAUUUUCUCUCAAACAAUAAAGUCGGUUCCUCUUCAUGAA